GGAUAUUAUUAUGGGUAACCACGUCUAUCUAUAGCCAGUUAAAUUAGUUCGGUUUGUUUUGAGGCAUUCCAGUUUCAAAUCAAAUACAGUUCUUAGUCUCACACACAACAAAAGGAAGUCUCCAACAAGCCCUAACCAGUCUUGGGAAUAACACUAUUUCCUUAUAGUUUUGGAAAAACCAUGUCAAACAAAGGGUAGUUUUGGAAAAUCACGUUAUCUUUCUUUCUCCACAGUAAAUUUAACCACACCCUCACCACCUUUACGUUUUCUAUAUCUCCACCUAAACAGUACCAUAAAUCUUCCACUUCUCAUAAUUUUCCAAAACCUAACAAACAUACACAAAGAAGUUAAAACAGUUUCAUUGCUUACCAUGGAUCCCGACGCAUUCACCGCCAGCCUAUUCAAGUGGGACCCACGUACCGUCCUACCAACAGCUCCACCUCUCCGUCCCCAACUUCUCGACUACGCAGUCACCCCAUCAACUGCUCCAUCACCUUAUUAUCCAGCGAGAUUACCAAGAGAACUUGGAGGUUUGGAGGAACUUUUCCAAGCUUAUGGAAUCAGAUACUACACGGCGGCGAAGAUAGCAGAGCUUGGUUUUACAGUGAGCACGCUGGUGGACAUGAAGGAUGAUGAGCUUGAUGACAUGAUGAACAGCCUUUCCCAGAUUUUUCGUUGGGAUCUUCUUGUUGGAGAGCGUUACGGCAUCAAAGCUGCCAUUAGAGCUGAACGGAGACGCCUUGAUGAAGAGGAAAUUAAACGCCGGGGUCUUCUUUCCGGCGAUACCACCAACGCUCUCGAUGCUCUCUCUCAAGAAGGUUUGUCGGAGGAGCCGGUGGUGCAGCGAGAGAAGGAGGCGGUGGGAAGCGGAGGAGGGAGUACUUGGGAGGUAGCUGUGGUGGAGGAGAGGAGAAAGAGGCAGCAAAUAAGGAGGAGAAGGAUGAAGAUGAAGGGAAAUGGUGAUCAUGGUGAGAAUGAAGAAGGAGACGAGGAGGAAGAAGAUAACAUCAGUGGUGGCGGUGAGAGACAAAGAGAACAUCCAUUCAUUGUGACAGAGCCUGGGGAAGUUGCACGUGGCAAAAAGAACGGUCUAGAUUAUCUUUUUCAUCUCUAUGAACAAUGUCGUGAGUUCUUGAUUCAGGUUCAAGCAAUUGCUAAGGAACGCGGUGAGAAAUGCCCUACCAAGGUGACAAAUCAGGUAUUUAGGUAUGCAAAGAAAGCUGGAGCAAGCUACAUAAACAAGCCAAAAAUGAGACACUACGUGCACUGUUAUGCAUUGCAUUGUUUAGAUGAAGAGGUAUCAAAUGAGCUUAGAAGAGGGUUUAAGGAAAGAGGAGAGAAUGUUGGUGCAUGGAGACAAGCAUGUUACAAGCCACUUGUAGCAAUAGCUGCACGUCAAGGAUGGGAUAUUGAUGCAAUAUUCAACGCACAUCCUCGUCUUUCAAUAUGGUAUGUGCCAACAAAACUUCGUCAGCUUUGUCAUGCUGAGAGGAACAGUGCUGCUGCUUCAAGCUCCGUCUCUGUUGGAACUGCUCACCUUCCUUUUUAAGUUAGACUUCAAAUUCUAUCACGCUCGCAUGCAUCUUUCUGUACUUUGAUGAUCAGGAAUGGAUGGAUCAUCGAUGUAUGUGUUAUUUCUAGGAUUAUUAUUUGUGUAGUACAAGUGGAAAUGUAGAACCUUCCUCAUAUAUAUCGACUGGAAUGUAGUAAUCUCAUUUUAGCUA